AGUAACGAGGAAGCAGGAUGCCUGAACCCGCCAAGUCUGCGCCCAAGAAGGGCUCCAAGAAAGCGGUGACGAAGACCACUGGAAAGGGAGGCAAGAAGAAGAGGAAGACCAGGAAGGAGAGCUACGCCAUCUACGUGUACAAGGUGCUGAAGCAGGUCCACCCCGACACCGGCAUCUCAUCCAAGGCCAUGAGCAUCAUGAACUCGUUCGUCAACGACAUCUUCGAGCGUAUCGCUUCGGAGGCCUCCCGCCUUGCUCACUACAACAAGCGCUCCACCAUCACCUCCAGGGAGAUCCAGACCGCCGUCCGCCUUCUGCUUCCCGGGGAGCUGGCCAAGCACGCCGUGUCCGAGGGCACCAAGGCCGUCACCAAAUACACCAGCUCCAAGUAACUCGUCUGCUCUCAGCCCACAACACAACGGCUCUUCUAAGAGCCACACACUAUACAACAAGAGCUCAUUCUGUGUGUUUGCUUUAUGAUCUGAAAAUGUCUUUAUUUUUCUUAAGUGCAGAAAUACAACAUUAGCAAUAGUUAUGAGGAAUAACUAUGAGGAAUAACUAGAGUGUGGUGGGUGUCUCUGGUAAAGUUGGAUAAUG